AAUAAGGGGGCACAAUUCCUCCCGACCAAUAAGGGGGCACAAUUCCUCCUCAUUCUUUUUCUUCCACCACCCAUCACCCCUGGGUUGGAUUUUUUACCCCCAUUGAGCUCGAGGCUUUACUUUUACUGCCCACUGAUGGGACAUUUUCCCCUCCCCCAGCCACAGUCUGACCCCCUAGGGCAGGGAACUGGCCAUUUGUUUAGAAAGUUUGGGCCCCCCUUGUGGAGAGGAUGAGGUCCCGCCAUUCUCACCGGUUCAGAAACUUCUCACACCAAACGCCGUCGCUGAGAAGAGAUUUGUGUUCAUUUCAUAUUUCCCCGGAAAAUGUCAAAUAUUGCAAUUUCCCUUUCCUUGGAUGUGGCGGCUGCAUUGGCUUUCUUUUUUCAGGCGUGUUUUGCCCUAAUGUUCACCUGGUGGUCCCGCGUAUAACACGCGUCCGGUCCCAUUGUGUCCACAGGGAGGGACUCCGAGGUUGUCACCCGGGCUGGACUUCGAACAUCUCCAGUACCGGGGGAUUGCGAUGAUCAUUUUCUGUUCUUAGCCUGAAAACUGAAAACCAAUGCAGCCGUCACACGGAAGGAAUAUAAAUGUUCUGUAUUAUAAUGAAAUCCGAUGUUAAUUUAUGUCUGAAUAUCUAUAAUAAUAUUUGGGGCUCAGCAGCCCACAGAACCCGUCUGAGAUCUUUUAUUUCUACACCUUGAUAGAUCAGCACUCAUCAUGUAUGUUAUAUCCAGGUCUCCGCCAACAAAUUCCAGGAACUGUCAUCCCAGGAACUGCCAUCCUAGGAACUGUCAUCCCGGGAACUUCCAUCCCAGGAACUGUCAUCCCGGGAACUGCCAUCCUAGGAACUGUCAUCCCAGGAACUGCCAUCCUAGGAACUGUCAUCCCGGGAACUUCCAUCCCAGGAACUGUCAUCCCGGGAACUUCCAUCCCAGGAACUGUCAUCCCGGGAACUGCCAUCCCAGGAACUGUCAUCCCGGGAACUUCCAUCCCAGGAACUGUCAUCCCGGGAACUUCCAUCCCAGGAACUGUCAUCCCAGGAACUGCCAUCCUAGGAACUGUCAUCCCGGGAACUUCCAUCCCAGGAACUGUCACCCCGGGAACAUCCAUCCCAGGAACUGUCAUCUCAGGAACUGCAAUCCCAGGAACUGUCAUCUUGUCAUCUCAGGAACUGUCAUCCCGGGAACUUCCAUCCCAGGAACUGUCAUCCCGGGAACUGUCAUCUUGUCAUCUCAGGAACUGUCAUCCCGGGAACUGCCAUCCUAGGAACUGUCAUCUCAGGAACUGCAAUCCCAGGAACUGUCAUCUUGUCAUCUCAGGAACUGUCAUCCCGGGAACUUCCAUCCCAGGAACUGUCAUCUCAGGAACUGCAAUCCCAGGAACUGUCAUCUCAGGAACUGUCAUCCCGGGAACUUCCAUCCCGGGAACUGUCAUCUCAGCAACUGUCAUCCCGGGAACUUCCAUCCCAGGAACUGUCAUCCCGGGAACUUCCAUCCCGGGAACUUCCAUCCCGGGAACUGUCAUCUCAGGAACUGCAAUCCCAGGAACUGUCAUCCCGGGAACUUCCAUCCCGGGAACUGUCAUCUCAGGAACUGCAAUCCCAGGAACUGUCAUCUUGUCAUCUCAGGAACUGUCAUCCCGGGAACUUCCAUCCCGGGAACUGUCAUCUCAGCAACUGUCAUCCCGGGAACUUCCAUCCCAGGAACUGUCAUCCCGGGAACUUCCAUCCCGGGAACUGUCUUUCGGGGAACUGUCAUCCCAGGAACUGUCAUCCUGGCAACCGCCAUCCCGGGAACCACCAUCCCGGGAACCGUCAUCCCGGGAACUGCCAUCCCGUGGUGUAUGAAGUUUAUUUCAUUUACAUUUAUCCCUCAAACUCCCGACUCUGCUCAGAUCUCCACCAAUCAUUAUUUUAUGAUUUUCAAUCACUAAAAAUAUUGAAUGCUGCGGGCAUUGUUAGUUCAAACUGACAUCAGAUUGAUGUACCUGAGGACCUCCCGCAAUGGAGGAUCGCUGCAAACAAGUCAUCAUCUUACCAGAGACACCUCAGAACCUCUCAUAGUGGAGCACCUCCAUAGACUGGUCAUCAUCUUACCAGAGAUACCUCAGAACCUCUCAUAGUGGAGAACCUCCAUAGACUGGUCAUCAUCUUACCAGAGAUAUCCCAGCACCUCUCAUAGUGGAGCACCUCCAUAGACUGGUCAUCAUCUUACCAGAGAUACCUCAGAACCUCUCAUAGUGGAGAACCUCCAUAGACAGGUCAUCAUCUUACCAGAGAUAUCCCAGCACCUCUCAUAGUGGAGCACCUCCAUAGACUGGUCAUCAUCUUACCAGAGGUACCUCAGAACCUCUCAUAGUGGAGCACCUCCAUAGACGGGUCAUCAUCUUACCAGAGACACCUCAGAACCUGUCAUAGUGGAGCACCUCCAUAGACUGGUCAUCAUCUUACCAGAGAUACCUCAGAACCUCUCAUAGUGGAGCACCUCCAUAGACUGGUCAUCAUCUUACCAGAGAUACCUCAGAACCUCUCAUAGUGGAGCACCUCCAUAGACAGGUCAUCAUCUUACCAGAGAUAUCCCAGCACCUCUCAUAGUGGAGCACCUCCAUAGACUGGUCAUCAUCUUACCAGAGAUACCUCAGAACCUCUCAUAGUGGAGCACCUCCAUAGACUGGUCAUCAUCUUACCAGAGAUCUCUCAGAACCUCUCAUAGUGGAGCACCUCCAUAGACGGGUCAUCAUCUUACCAGAUACCUCAGAACCUCUCAUAGUGGAGCACCUCCAUAGACAGGUCAUCAUCUUACCAGAGAUACCUCAGCACCUCCAUAGACUGGUCAUCAUCUUACCAGAGAUACCUCAGCACCUCUUAUAGUGGAGAACCUCCAUGACAGGUCAUCAUCUUACCAUAGGUACCUCAGAACCUCUCAUAGUGGAGCACCUCCAUAGACUGGUCAUCAUCUUACCAGAGAUACCUCAGCACCUCUCAUAGUGGAGCACCUCCAUAGACGGGUCAUCAUCUUACCAGAGAUACCUCAACACCUCUCAUAGUGGAGCACCUCCAUAGACAGGUCAUCAUCUUACGAGAGAUACCUCAGAACCUCUCAUAGUGGAGAACCUCCAUAGACAGGUCAUCAUCUUACCAGAGAUACCUCAGAUCCUCUCAUAGUGGAGCACCUCCAUAGACAGGUCAUCAUCUUACCAGAGAUAUCUCAGAACCUGUCAUAGUGGUGCACCUCCAUAGACAGGUCAUCAUCUUACCAGAGAUACCUCAGAACCUCUCAUAGUGGAGCACCUCCAUAGACAGGUCAUCAUCUUACCAGAGAUACCUCAGAACCUCUCAUAGUGGAGAACCUCCAUAGACAGGUCAUCAUCUUACCAGAGAUAUCCCAGCACCUCUCAUAGUGGAGCACCUCCAUAGACUGGUCAUCAUCUUACCAGAGAUACCUCAGCACCUCUCAUAGUGGAGCACCUCCAUAGACGGGUCAUCAUCUUACCAGAGACACCUCAGAACCUGUCAUAGUGGAGCACCUCCAUAGACUGGUCAUCAUCUUACCAGAGAUACCUCAGAACCUCUCAUAGUGGAGAACCUCCAUAGACAGGUCAUCAUCUUACCAGAGAUAUCCCAGCACCUCUCAUAGUGGAGCACCUCCAUAGACUGGUCAUCAUCUUACCAGAGAUACCUCAGAACCUCUCAUAGUGGAGCACCUCCAUAGACGGGGCAUCAUCUUACCAGAGACACCUCAGAACCUGUCAUAGUGGAGCACCUCCAUAGACUGGUCAUCAUCUUACCAGAGAUACCUCAGAACCUCUCAUAGUGGAGCACCUCCAUAGACUGGUCAUCAUCUUACCAGAGAUACCUCAGAACCUCUCAUAGUGGAGCACCUCCAUAGACAGGUCAUCAUCUUACCAGAGAUAUCCCAGCACCUCUCAUAGUGGAGCACCUCCAUAGACUGGUCAUCAUCUUACCAGAGAUACCUCAGAACCUCUCAUAGUGGAGCACCUCCAUAGACUGGUCAUCAUCUUACCAGAGAUCUCUCAGAACCUCUCAUAGUGGAGCACCUCCAUAGACGGGUCAUCAUCUUACCAGAGAUACCUCAGCACCUCUCAUAGUGGAGCACCUCCAUAGACGGGUCAUCAUCUUACCAGAUACCUCAGAACCUCUCAUAGUGGAGCACCUCCAUAGACAGGUCAUCAUCUUACCAGAGAUACCUCAGCACCUCCAUAGACUGGUCAUCAUCUUACCAGAGAUACCUCAGCACCUCUCAUAGUGGAGAACCUCCAUAGACAGGUCAUCAUCUUACCAUAGAUACCUCAGAACCUCUCAUAGUGGAGCACCUCCAUAGACUGGUCAUCAUCUUACCAGAGAUACCUCAGCACCUCUCAUAGUGGAGCACCUCCAUAGACGGGUCAUCAUCUUACCAGAUACCUCAGAACCUCUCAUAGUGGAGCACCUCCAUAGACAGGUCAUCAUCUUACCAGAGAUACCUCAGCACCUCCAUAGACUGGUCAUCAUCUUACCAGAGAUACCUCAGCACCUCUCAUAGUGGAGAACCUCCAUAGACAGGUCAUCAUCUUACCAUAGAUACCUCAGAACCUCUCAUAGUGGAGCACCUCCAUAGACUGGUCAUCAUCUUACCAGAGAUACCUCAGCACCUCUCAUAGUGGAGCACCUCCAUAGACGGGUCAUCAUCUUACCAGAGAUACCUCAACACCUCUCAUAGUGGAGCACCUCCAUAGACAGGUCAUCAUCUUACGAGAGAUACCUCAGAACCUCUCAUAGUGGAGAACCUCCAUAGACUGGUCAUCAUCUUACCAGAGAUACCUCAGAUCCUCUCAUAGUGGAGCACCUCCAUAGACAGGUCAUCAUCUUACCAGAGAUAUCUCAGAACCUGUCAUAGUGGUGCACCUCCAUAGACAGGUCAUCAUCUUACCAGAGAUACCUCAGAACCUCUCAUAGUGGAGCACCUCCAUAGACAGGUCAUCAUCUUACCAGAGAUACCUCAGAACCUCUCAUAGUGGAGCACCUCUAUAGACAGGUCAUAAUCUUACCAGAGAUACAUCAGGACCUCUCAUAGUGGAGAACCUCCAUAGACUGGUCAUCAUCUUACCAGAGAUACAUCAGAACCUCUCAUAGUGGAGCACCUCCAUAGACAGGUCAUCAUCUUACCAGAGAUACCUCAGAACCUCUCAUAGUGGAGCACCUCCAUAGACUGGUCAUCAUCUUACCAGAGAUACAUCAGAACCUCUCAUAGUGGAGCACCUCCAUAGACAGGUCAUCGUCUUACCAGAAUAGUGGAGCACCUCCAUAGACGGGUUAUCAUCUUACCAGAGAAACCUCAGAACCUCUCAUAGUGGAGCACCUCCAUAGACUGGUCAUCAUCUUACCAGAGAUACCUCAGAACCUCUCAUAGUGGAGCACCUCCAUAGACAGGUCAUCAUCUUACCAGAGAUACCUCCAGAACCUCUCCUAGUGGAGAACCUCCAUAGAC